AUGGCCCGCUCUGGUUGCCCGCCUCUCCUUCUAAUGGGAACCUUCUUGGCAGUUUUUCAGCCAACCCUGACCCAGCCGGAUGCCUUCCUGGUCUUCCCAGGCCAAGAAGCUCAACUCAGCUGCACAAUCAAUUCUCAGCAAGCCACCGUUGGAGACAUUGGGGUAUCGUGGUAUCGGCAGCAGCCAGGAGGUGCUCCUCAUCUUCUCUACUAUUACUCAGAAGAGGAGCACUAUCGACCCGCCGACAUCCCAGACAGAUUCUCGGCUACUGGGGAUGCGGCCCACAAUGCCUGUGUGCUCACGAUCAACCCUGUGCUGCCGGAGGAUGACGCCGACUACUUCUGUUCCAUCGCCUACGUCUUUGAACCCUAG